AUGGUCGAUGAAGGGGAUGGUCCCUCAAAGAAGAGGAAAGCAGCACCAAGCGACAAAGAAGAAGCACUCAUUGCGUCCGUCAAAAAAGUUUUAUUCUCGGAGGAGGCCAUCGAAUUCUUCAAACAGGUGUUCCAUAUUUCGGAAUGCCACCAGGCCAUCGAAUCAUUCCGAGGUGAAGUGAAAGAGAUCAAUGAUAGAAUUGAGUUGCUGACGAAAGAAUUGGCAGCCCAACAACUAAGAGUAAGUGACCUGGAAGCCCAAAUAAAGAAGAGACCGCAACCAACAACCGCAACCAACGAAGACCCCGCUGAAGUUAAAGAAAGGAACCGCUCAGUCGUCAUCAUUAAUGUGCCGGAGAGUAGAUCGAAAUUCGAACAUGAGAAGAACCUGGCUGACUUAUCACAUGUCCAGAUGCUGUUCCGUUAUCUGGAUGUUGGAUGCUCCCCUAUGGCUGUUUACAGACUUGGUCGACCUCGUGAUGAUGGAAGAAGUAGAUUACUGAAGGUGAUAAUGCCAUGUUCCCAAUCCCAAAGAGCAAUCCUGUCUAAAGCCAAAACCCUCCGUUCUUUUGUUACUGCCCCUCAUCCGCCUGUAUUCAUCCGUAAAUCGUUAUCCCGCGAAGAGCUCGAAAAACAGCGCCUAGAAAGAGCUUUGAAAUUUCCCCGCUCCGAUCCAACUAGUGUAGACGUAGAAAUGCAACCUGCUGCCAGCGCCCUUCCAAAAAACUGA